AUGUUCAUCGGUGAGGUGAUGUUCUGGCUGUUCUCUACGAAACCUCGGAAAACUGUGUAUGCGAACUGUGGCGAAUGUAAAGUGCAUCUCUUUACGAGAAGACUUCUUCGAUUCAUUGGUAAGUCUGAAGCCUUUGCUGAGGGUCGAAAUCACAAAAAGAUGAUAUCCUCUGUUACAGCUGUGUUCUUGUGUGGAGCAUUAGUGACGCAAAUUUUCGUCGAUACGAUCAAAUUGAUGACUGGUUACCAGCGACCCUAUUUUCUUUCGCUAUGCAACGUCUCUAUCAGUGCCUGCACAGCUCCACUUGAGCAUUCGCCAUCGCCUUCGCCUCAUUUGGCAUGCAACUUCCGAGGUGCUGACGAGCUGCGAUACGCAUGGCUUACCUUCCCAUCACUUCAUGCCGCCUUUUCCAGCUACUCCUGCAUCUUCGCAUCGUGCUACAUCUACUACAUGAUUAAUCUUCGCGGUGCUCCUCUGCUUCGGCCAUUCCUCAUUUUCGGGUUCAUUGGUCUCUGCAUCGUUGACUCGUUCUCGCGUAUCAACGGCUACAAGAACCAUUGGAGAGACAUAUGGGUCGGAUGGCUGAUCGGUUUCCUCAUUGCUUUCUUCCUGUGUCAUUGUGUGCUUUGCUUCCAAGAAAUAUAUCACGUGGUCGUGGAGAAGCCUGCAGUGGUCGAAGAGCGUGUGUCGCCGUUCUUCUCAUGGUUCCGACUUCCUAAGAGUGCAGGCUCCUCCGUUCGAGAGGAAUAUGUAGUGUAUGAGGAGGAUGUGCCCCAGACGGAGACAAUGCCCCGUCAUCGCAAGAACCAAGAUCGACAAUACGAGGUA